AUGUCUCGUCUCGAAGAGACACGGCUGAGCACUUGGAAUACCAAUCUAGAGAGGCGCGCUGCCGCUGUUCGUUCUCGUCGAUCGAAGUUCGAAGAUAAGAAGGCCGUCUGUAUUCAACUGGAGGCCUCAUUGGUUGAACUUUCCAAUGAAAAUGAUGCCACAGAAAGAUUAUUGGUUCAAAAGGAGCAAUAUGUGGCGUCUCGUAGGUUCACCCUGGAAGAAACCAACACGCAACGCAACGCACAAAUCAGUUCAUUAAAUGGAGAAAGAAAAAAAGCCACAAUUGACGCGGAGCGUAUUGAAAACGCAUUAGAAAAUGAGUGGCGUGUGUUAGAAGAUGAGGUGAAGGUAGCGGAAGUUGAACACUGCCAGCGAAUGAACCGGAUGCAGGAGCAAUUGGAUGAACUUGGAAAACAGGAAAACGAACUCGUAGAGAAACUCCGACAGCUUCAUGAUGGUGAGUUAAGGGUAGAGAAUCAACUGCGCCAGUUGCAGCAGAAGGAGAAGCAAUUGAAGUCGUUGGCCGAGGCGACACUGCAGCAAAUGAGGGCCGAGCUACGCGAGCGUGAGGCUCUCGUGAAUCAAUAA